GUCGACACCCUAAACAGAAAGCCGCACAGGGCCCGCAGUAGUGCGGCUGCUGCGGCUGCUGUUCGCAGUUGCUCCUCUUUUCUCCCUCGUGUCAACAUCACUAGGAGGCAGUAGCAGCAGCAGUAGUAGCAGCAGUAGCCACUUCACAGCGUGAGAGGAUGGGCACCCAGCUCCGCCCCAGCCGGCGGGCCGGCAGUAGCCCCGCCGCCACCGCUGGCGGCAGUAGCAGCAGCCACGGCCGGGCGCGCCUCUCACCUCGCCCGGGGUUCCUACCCGGCGGGCGGCUACAGCUUCUGGCAGUCGUGGGCACGCUGCUCGUGUUCGGAGCUUUCAGCGCCAUGGGCCAAUUCAGCGCGGCGCCCGCCGCCGCACCGGCUCCUGCCCCCGCUCCCCCGCCGGCGGCGGCGGCGCCGCCGCCAGCAGCAGCACCCGCCGCCAAGCCGGCUCCGCCUCCACCUGCCGGGACCGCCGCUGCGACGCCGGGCGCCCUCGCUGACGCCAGUGACGGCGGAGCAGCAGGUGCCGCAGGCGCACCCGCGGCAGGCGAUGAUGAGGACAACCCGUUUGCGCCGCCGCCGCUGUGCCAGGGCAAGACGCCAGCCAAGGUGGUGAUCGACCGGGUCGUCGCCUACCCCGCCCCCGGCGCCAGCCCGCUGGUAGUGCUGCGCAAUGUGGGCGGACAGACGGCCAACCUCACCGGCUGGAGGCUCACGGACAGCGACACGCGCUCCGUCCCCGCCGCCGCCAACCUGGUCUUCGGAGCCGACCCCACCAACUGCGGAGGCGUUGGCAACUUCACCAUCGAUCCCAGCCGUAUUCUGGCGCUAACGCCCAAGAAUGACUCCACCAACCCCUGCGGCUUCCCCUUCAGCCUCAGCUUCAGGGACGAGGUGAACCUGUUCGACCCCAGCGGCAAGCUCACUGCCACCGCCAAGUGGGCCAACGCGGACAUGGGCAGCGCACUGCACCUGCAGCCGGAUGGCUCGUAUCAGAGCCUGCCCGAAAUGGAAGACGUGCUGGCGGUGCUGCGCGCGGCCGGAAGCCACAAAAUCCUGCUGCAGGCACUGGAGGUGACCGGCAUGGACAAACUGCUGGUGGCGGCCUCAGCACCCGACUACACACUGCCGGAGAAGCCCAAGCCCAAGGAGUCCACGGACGUGGCGCCGCAGUUCCCCUGGUGGUUCGGAUUCAGCGUGGACCGCUCCAAGCUUCCGCCUCCCCCGCCGCCCCCUCCCCCACCGCCGCCGCCCCCGGCCGGCAUACCCGCGGCUGGUCCCUUCACAAUCCUGGCACCCACCGAUGAUGCCUUUGAGACGCUGCUGCGGCAGCUGGGCGGCGGCGGCCGGCGCCUGCCGCUGGACCUGUUCUUCCAGCUGCCCGAGCUGCCCGACAUCCUGCAGUACCACGUCGUGCCCGGGCUGUACACCACGGAGUACAUGUUCAACAACACGCCCAUCUUCACGGCACGUGGCGUGGAGGUCAUCCCCUUCAACGACCCAUGCAUGACCGAGGGCGUGGUGAUGCUGCACGACAACUGUGUGGACAAGCCCACGCCCGACAACUACACCUGCGAGGAGCAGGUCAAGUUCGACAAGUGCUACUUCCCAUUCAUGAUCAGCGCUCUGGCGGCACAGUGGCAAGGCGGCUUCUGCCAGCGCACCUGCCAGCGCUGCUCCUGCGCGGCCGGCACCGGCGUGCAGUGUGCCUCGCUCACAGAGCCCGACAUGCUGGCCUCGAACGGCGUGGCGCACUCCAUAUCGCGAGUGCUGUUCCCGCCGCCCGCCUUCUCCAAAGCCGACUACGUCAACAUGACCACCUCCAUCAACAUCACCAAGGACACGCCCGGCGACGCCAUGGUUCCUGGCAUGGCCUCCGGCGGCGCCGCCGCCGGCCCCACGGCGGCGGCAGCGGGCGCGGGCGCGCCUGGCGGCGCCGCGUCUGCAUUCAUGGCGGCCGCGGCUAACGCCGCGGCGAAGGCUGCGCCCGCUGCGGCGCCGGCUGCUGCUCCGGCUGCGGCUCCGGCAGAGCCGGCUCCGGCGGCUGCGGCGGCUCCGGCCGAGCCGGCGCCGGCUGCUGCUGCGGCGGCUGCGCCGGCUGAGCCGGUGCCUGCAGCUGCUGACCCUGCCGUCAGUGCCACAAAGAAGUGAGGUGGUGCAAGAGGGUAGAGAUGAAAAGGCGUGUAUGACACUGUGGGAAGCAGCAGGUAGCAUGGGAUGCUUGCUGCCAGGGUUUACUUGAGCACGAGGCUAAGCAGCAGCAUGCGGGUUCAUGUGCGGGGGUGGGCAAGCAAAGGUGCAAGCCGGGAUGAGAUGCAUACGAACUGUGACAUAUGCACAGGUAGCGAUAGGUGUAUACGGGAUAUGGCGAGUGUGGCAGCAAGAUAGAUGAAUAAGGAGUACCUCGGGUGGGCUGAUGAGGCACGCUUGCGUGGGUGCGCUGGCACGCAGACGGGAACUGAUUGAUUGCCGGGAACAGCAUGCAGCUGCGUGGUUGGUUGGCAGUAGCAGGUACGGCUUGAUCAGCUUGACGGUAGGUUAGCGUGGAGUGGAUGGGCUGAGCGUGUGAGAGAGACCGUGAGUUUGUGCCCGCAACUGAGACCGCCCCGAAAUCUGGAUCGCACCUAUUUUACCACCGCUUCCCUACGCCACGGGGGGCUGUGGUGGCGAAGGCUACCAUGCGCUUUUACUUGGUAGUGCGUAGCUGCACAUGCACCCCUUGCGGCUCCCUCUCUUUUUUUUCCAGCUUCCCUUACGCUCUCCUGCAUAGAUUCUUUCUCCCAUACAUGCAUGUUUUCCCGGGUGCUGGGAGGAGGGGACGGAAGCAGAGGCACUCUUCAGCCGUGGCUGGCGCCUUGUAACUGAACAACCGG